ACACCGCCGUACGCGCGAAGGAGAACCCCGGAGGACGCUCGUGUGGAGGAAAAGAAGUUAACAAUGUUUCCAGUGUUUCCGUGAAAAGAGCCAAGCCUGACUCUGUAACCAAAGCGGAAUCCCAAGCGAACUCUUGAGUGUGAGAAACUGAAAUAUUCCGCUCUCCAUCCUUCCUGGAUCCCAUCAUGAGCUACAGGAAGAUGGACAAGCAUGGAAGCCCGCAGUAUUGCCGCCAUUUUCUGGCUGACAACAGCAUCUUCCACGUUGAGCGAUGCAUGAGUGUGAUGCAGUCGGGGACUCAGAUGGUGAAGCUGAAGAACGGUUCUAAAGGUCUGGUGCGGCUCUUUUAUUUGGAUGAACACCGUUCCUGUAUUCGCUGGAGACCGUCUCGCAAGAGCGAGAAAGCCAAGAUCACCAUCGACUCACUCUACAAGGUCACAGAAGGUCGUCAGUCUGACAUUUUCCAUCGCCAUGCAGAAGGAAACUUUGAUCCGAGUUGUUGUUUCACUAUUUACCAUGGAAAUCACAUGGAAUCUCUGGAUUUGGUCACCUCUAACGCAGAGGAAGCGAGGACAUGGGUGACCGGACUCAGAUACCUGAUGGCCGGUAUCAGUGAUGAAGAUUCACUAGCUAAGAGACAGCGCACACAUGACCAGUGGAUGAAGCAGACCUUCGAGGAGGCUGAUAAGAAUGGAGAUGGUCUUCUGAACAUCGAAGAGAUCUACCAGCUUUUACACAAGUUGAACGUCAACCUGCCUCGCAGGAAAGUCAAACAGAUGUUCCAGGAAGCAGACACUGAUGAUCAGCAGGGCACUCUGACGUUUGAGGAGUUCACUGUCUUCUAUAAGAUGAUGUCAUUAAGGCGAGACCUUUAUCUGCUGCUCAUGUGCUUCAGUGAGAAGAAGGAUCACCUGACCGGAGAGGAACUCGGCAACUUUCUGCGAGUGGAGCAAAAGGAAAGUGAUAUUGGCCAUGUGUGCGCUUGUCUCUUAGCUAGUAAAUCUUCAUCACUGAUAUCGCCAUCAGGUAUCUGGAGUCCGCCACCCAUGUCCUCGCUUCUCAUGCUAGAGUGUGACUCAAAUCCAGAGAUCUCCAAGGCCACUGGGACCAAUUGGCUGACAGAUCUGAAAGUCUCUAAAAUAAAACGCCUGCCUCGGCUGAGGCUGGCUCGCUGCAAAAACAAAGACAAGCGCGAGAGGAGACAUUACGCAUACAUGCGUACGCUCUCCUUCGAAAUCACUUUGCACCAUGACACCAGCCGCCUGCUCAUCUCUCCAUCAGAGGACCGAAGAGAAGGGUCUGUGAAAAGUCUCCCCUCCAAGCCUGGCCCAAUAUUCAAAUGCCCCCUACGCUACUUUAUGCCGGUGGAUUUCGAGAAGCCACAGAGGAGAAUCGAAAAUGUGAAAUCGAGCAGAUAA